AUGAAUGUUGGAUAGGAAAAAGAAUAUUUGUAAAGUCUUAAUAAUUCUUUAUGAAACAUACUUAGAGUUCAAAAAAUACUUAAAAUAUUGAAGGCACUUAUUUCUAAAAUAACCUGUUUAUUAAAGUAAUACAACAGGAUUGCCUUUUUAAUAACUUAUGAUAAUAAACUGAUAAUGCAUCAUCAUCCAAAUAGUAACAAUGAGUUGACGUUUACAAAAAAAAUUGAUGCUCAAGACAAAAAUUGAUAUUCGAAUAAAUAGUAAAAAGUUGGUAUAUCAACAGAAAAAAAAUCAGU